AUGACUAGCGUUGUUAAUGUCUCCUGUGGCGUCAUCAAACCUGGAUACGGGAUCGGAGUGGCGUCAUAUUCAAAACCUUCUUCUACUUACGGCGAGAGCUACACGACAACCAACACGCCUUAUCAGAAAUACGAAACGACUACUGUCAAGUCGAAUUCGUACUACUCCACUCCGGCUCCUUCAACUGAGGCUCCAACUUACUACUCGACGGCAGCUUCUUACUUCUCUGCUCCAUCUUACGCCUCUCCUAGCUACAAAGGUGAAGCCAAAUCCCAUUACGCAACAACGGCUACUUAUUAUACUUCAACAGCUUACACCACUUCUGGCUACUAUACCACAGCUGGUUAUCCCUGA